AUGAGCCCCCACUGCCCUCCAAUCCGUUGUACAGCCGUCAAACCGAGCCAGCGCUCCGUGGGAUUAACCGCACCUCUGGCCCACUGCGGCAUCCCCUGUACCUUGGGGCCUGUAUCUGUCGCUGCCCUGUACCUAAUGAGUGAAAUUCAAGUAAAUGGCGGUGAAAUUGUUCCGAAAUUCCUUCGCCCGGUGACCCACCCACCCCCUACCCCCAACCGGCCCAGCUCAGCACGGUUGAGUGUUCCCACCCCCGAAAUCGGUCGAGCCCCUUCCCCUUCCCCGCCUCCUUCCCUUUUUAUUUUCCUAUUUUAUUCCCCUGCGAAACGACCGCAGGGCCCGCCGGGUCCCUACCCCCCUCCCCCACGCCCGAUGGCCGCAUGCGACAAAGCGUCGGCCUGGAACGGGCGCUCCGGUCUGUGGCCCCUGACGGCGUCGGGAGCGCCGAUGGCGAUGGAGCGAAACGGACGGAGGCGGAGACCGUCGGAACCUACGGGCGCUGGCGCAAGCGAAUGA